AUGAUGGGGAUCUUUUUGGCGUAUGUCGGAUUUGCCUUUUCUGUAUUGUACGUGCAGCAGGGGCUUUCUUCCCAAGCAAAAUUCACUGAGUUUCCACGCAACGUGACGGCCACCGAGGGGCAGAAUGUGGAGAUGUCGUGCGCCUUCCAGAGCGGCUCGGCCUCGGUGUACCUGGAGAUCCAGUGGUGGUUCCUGCGGGGCCCCGAGGGCCUGGAGCCCCCGGCCGAGGUGGCCGGUGCUCAGGUAGAACUGCUGCCCGACCGAGACCCCGACAACGACGGGACCAAGAUCAGUACAGUGAAAGUCCAAGGCAAUGACAUCUCCCACAAGCUUCAGAUUUCCAAGGUGAGGAAAAAGGAUGAAGGCUUGUACGAGUGCAGGGUGACGGACGCCAACUACGGAGCGCUGCAGGAACACAAGGCCCAGGCCUACCUGAAGGUCAACGCCAACAGCCACGCGCGCAGGAUGCAGGCCUUCGAAGCCUCGCCCAUGUGGCUCCAAGACAUGAAGCCUCGCAAGAACGUCUCGGCCGCCGCCCCCAGCAGCGUCCACAGCUCCGCCAACCAGCGAAUGCCCUCCACCUCCAGCCCUCAAGCGGUAGCCAAAAUCCCCAAACAAAGUCCACAAUCAGGUGCCAGGAUAGCUACAAGCCAUGGACUUUCUGUCCUGCUUCUUGUUUGUGGCUUUGUGAAGGGUGCUUUGCUUUAA